UCCACUGCAAAUACACUUACUAUCGAUCACCUUCUUCAUCUCUUUCAUGGAUCCUCCAAGGAAGCUCGUUGACCAAGUCGGCUGUUGGCUCAGACUCUAUGACGACUGCUCAGUGGAUCGCACCUGGACCGGCCCUCCUAACUUUAAAUUACUCACCGAACCGGUUCCUCCUCACCCUGAAUUCCUCGACGGAGUUGCCACCCAAGACGUCGUCAUCGACAGCGUUUCAGGCCAACGUGUCCGGAUUUACCUCCGGGAGACAAAAUCCCAUGAUAAGCUUCCGAUUCUCCUCCAUUUUCAUGGUGGUGGGUUUUGUAUAUCCCAAGCCGACUGGUUCAUGUACCACCAGUUCUACAGCCGGCUCACCGGAACGGCCCGGGUCAUUUGCGUAUCUGUCUAUCUCCGCCUGGCCCCAGAGAACCGGCUCCCGGCAGCCAUUGAUGACGCUUUCUCCGGUCUUAUCUGGCUCCAAUCGGUGGCAAAGCGCGAGAAGAACCCGCCCGAAUGCCUUGUUUCUGCCGACUUCAACCGUAUUUUUCUUAUCGGUGACAGCACUGGUGGGAACCUAGUUCAUGAGGUGGCCGUGCGAGCCGGGAAGCAUGACCUGACGCCGCUGAGAGUUGCCGGAGGGAUAGAGGUGCAUCCUGGAUUUGUCCGGUCUAGGCGGAGCAAGUCGGAGUUAGAGAAUCCCCAGUCGCCGAUCCUCUCGUUAGACAUGAUCGACAAGAUGUUGAUCUUGGGGUUGCCGGUUGGCAGCAACAAGGACCACCCGAUAACUUGUCCUAUGGGGGAGGCGGCGCCGUCGCUGAAGGACGUGGAAGUCCCGCCGUUGCUGGUGUGCUUGGCGGAGAAGGACUUGAUGGUGGAUACGGAGAUGGAGUACUGUGAAGCGAUGAAGAAGGCGAAGAAGGAAGUGGAAGUGUUUGUGAGCAAAGAUAUGGGACAUGCGUUUUAUCUGAACUCAGUUGCGGUGGAGACAGACGCCGAUACGGCGGAGCAAACGGAGUGCCUCAUCGGCAAGAUCAAAGAGUUCAUUGAUAGCCACUGAAAAGUGAAAGCCGGUUUCAUGAUCAGUGCUCGUUGGCUACCACUUUCAUCAGGUACUUUUUCCUUUUUUUUUUUGGGUCAAAAUCCUAUUUUUAACUUUUCAUUUUUUUCAAGAUAAGUAGUGUAACAAUAAAUUUAAAUAAUAAUGUAUGUGCUUUUUUCUUAUUUAUUUUUUUAAAAAAUAUUUGGAUCGUAAACUUGUAACCAUGGAUUUUUAAGGUUUUUAGUACAAGAUGGAAUAAUAAUCAAUGAUUUAAUGUUAAAUAUAAAGUCAAAUUAACGAAAAAGGAAAUAAGAAUAUCACUAAGUUAGAAGAAUGCCCUAAUCAUUGAUCUCGGAUUCAUCCCACACAAACCUUUUUUAACCAGAGAAAAAAUUAAAAGGGAAUAAGAAUAAUAGCUAAAAAAAUAUUUCAUUUAAAGUGCCUAACUUAUAAAUUAUAAUUUUAGUUUUAAUAAUUUUUUAUUUAAAAAUUUUGAUGACCAGAAUUUACAUUCAAAGAUGUUAAAAUUAUCCUUAUCCAUGCCAAUAUCAAAUUUUAUUCAGGAAUUUUAUCCCAUGCAAGUCUUCCACUAAGCCCAAAAAGUUUAUUCCAAGGAGAAUUUCAACUAAAAAUAAAAUAUAUGACUUAAUUGUUAAUAAAUCUAAAAAAAAUUUAAAAUUUCAAUUCAAUCUAAGAGAAUUAAAAUAAAAUUAAUUUUACAGUGCAGUAAAAGAUUAAAAUAUUUUUUAUUUAUUAAUUUUUUUCAAGAUGCAUAAUCCUUAAUUAUUAAUUUUUUUAUUUCAUCAUAAAUUAAAUUAGUUUGUUAGAUUAGUAGCAACAUCAUUUAUUAAUAUGUUAAAUUUUUUUAUAAAUUUAGUAUAGGCAAUAAAAAAUUAACAACUAAUGAUUUUAUAUCUUGAAAAAAAAAAGUGGGAGGUGUUUAAAUUUUUUUCUGUUAAAAUUACUUAUUCUUCAAUCUUUUUAAAUUAAAUUGAAAUUUUAAAUUUUUUAGGCUUAUUAAUAAUUAAGUCAUACCACCGAUCCUCAAUUGAAAUUCUCAAUCUCUUCUACUACCUUCC